AUGGCCACCAAAAGAAAGUAUUUAAGGAAUGUAGUUGAUAACUAAAAGCCUGAAGAGAACGUCAUCAGAGUGACAAAUCGUGUCUAAUCAUCAAACUAUGUUAGAAGAGCUUUGUGGCUAUUCUAAGGGACUCGUAAAGAAAAUCAACCACCUGCCUUCGAUACUGUAAUUAUAACUGCUAUUGAUAACGCUAUUACAAAGGCGAUUAUUAUAUCUGAAGUUGUAAGAAGAAGAAUAGCUGGCUUAUACUAAAUUAAUACCAUUAAAUAGGUUGAAAUCAAUGAAGUUUAUGAACCACUGGAGGAAGGACUAGUGACUGUUAAUGUUUCUAGAAAAUUAGCAUCUUUCUAGAUUAAAUUAACUAAGACACCAACUGAACAAGAAAGAAAAGAACCAGGAUUUCAUGAACUUUUACCACCUGAUCAAAUUUAAACAACUAGACCUGAAAGAUAAAGAUCUCCAAGAGGAAAUAGAAGCAAAUCAGAUAACAGAAGAAAUUACAGCAAUAGAAGAGAUGAUAGAGAUGACAAUAGAGUUAAUAGAAGAGAUAAUAGAAGAGAUAAUAGAGAUGAUAAUAGAAGAGAUAAUAGAGAUGAUAGAAGAGACAAAAGAGGUGAUAGAAGAGAUAACAGAGAUAAUAGAAGAGAUAAUAGAGAUAACAGAGAUAACAGAGAUGAUAGAAGAGAUAACAGAGAUAACAGAGAUGAUAGAAGAGAUAAUAGAGAUAACAGGGAUAACAGAGGUAACAGAGAUAAUAGAGAUAACAGAGAUAAUAGAGACAAUAGAGAUCAUAGAGAUAACAGAGACAAUAGAGACAAUAGAGAUCAUAGAGAUAAUAGAGAGAAGAGAGAUAAUAGAGAUAAUAGAGAAAGAGAUAACAAAGAAGGUGGCCAACAAAAAACAAGGGGUGGGGUUAAAUAAUAAUAAUGAGUUCAUUAAAAAGAUAUAGCAGAAUCACAGUCUCAUCAUUUC